UAUAUAUUACGUAUUUGCUGGCACAUGCUAUAGGUUAGAUGAUUGUGUAGACGUUACAUCCUGAAGUUAGAUUAUAUUUAUUUGUUAAUAAAAUAAGCAAGUUUUUUUAUUUUUUUUUUAACGAAAAUUAUGACAUUGUUAAAAAGAAAUUCUCGAUCGAUUUAUUAUUCGGUAUAUAAAUAUGUCUUGUCUGUAAUAUUCAUUAUAAGCACUGCAUCACUUUUUAUAUAUUUAAAUAGAAUCCAACCGCAUUAUUUUAUUGAUGAAAUGUUUCAUAUACCUCAAGUUUUGCAUUAUUGCGAUGGAAAUUUUACAGUGUGGGAUUCUAAAAUAACAACUUUACCUGGCUUAUAUUUUCUCACUGCUGCAAUAUUAUCCCCUUUAAAUCUUUGUAAUAUAUUGUAUAUAAGAUGUAUCAAUUUAUUCGGUACAUUUGCAAAUCUUUAUCUUACGUAUUCUUUAAUGAAACAAAUACAUAAAAAUAAGUGGGAAGAUUGGAUACAAUUAGAAGUAGCAUAUAAUAUUACAAUGUUUCCUCCAUUGUUUUUCUGGUUUUUUCUAUAUUAUACGGAUGUUCUAUCUGUUAACAUCGUUUUAUUGAUGUUAUUAUUACAUUUUCGAACAUAUUAUAAAAUUUCAGCUUUCGUUGGAUUAUUAAGCAUACUGGUCAGACAAACAAAUGUUAUUUGGGUUAUAUUUCUUGCUAUGGAACGUAUUGUGGAUUUAUUACAUCAACAUAUGCAAAAACCUAUAACAUCUACGGCCAUUAAUACACCAAUUCAUUUAAAGUUAUUAUGGAAGAGUAUAAUGGACAAAGUAAAUAAUGGUAAAAUUUCAUUUAUUAAAUUCUUUAUUGAAAUAAGUAUUAAUCUUUUUCCCUACAUAAUGGUAGGUGUAAUAUUUUUAAUCUUUCUUAUUUGGAAUGGAGGUAUUGUAGUUGGAGAUCGUACUGCACAUGUACCUGUGAUUCAUAUAUCACAAUUAUUUUAUUUUUCUCUUUUCAUAUUUUCUUUCUUAUGGCCUUACAUGAUUUCUCAUUAUUUAAAAUUUUUUCAAAAUAUACAGGAUCAUUGGAUCUUAUCAAGUUUAAUUUUUGCACUUAUAACAAUUAUAGUCCAUUGCAAUACUCUUGUUCAUCCGUACGUAUUAGCAGAUAAUAGGCAUUAUACAUUUUAUAUAUGGAACAAAUUUAUGGGCAAAUAUGUUAUUUUCAAAUAUAUCUUAAUACCUGUAUAUUGUUUUACGAUUUAUAGUACACUGUAUGGUAUAAGUCAUAUAAGAUUUGCAACACAAAUCAAUUUUAUUUUUUGCACAGUUAUUGUUCUUAUACCACAAUUAUUAUUAGAACCACGAUAUUUUAUUAUACCAUAUAUUUUUUAUCGUUUAAGUAUGAGAAAACCCAAAACUUGGCAAAUUAUAAUGGAAUCACUUACGAAUUCAGUUAUCAAUUUUUUACAAUUUUUCAUAUUUAUUAAUAAAGUAUUUUAUUGGGAAGAUCAAACUUAUCCCCAGAGAAUAUCUUGGUGAGAUAAUAAUUCCGAAAAUAUAUAGUUGAUUAAUCGUUAAUAAAGUCAUGAAUCUAUUUCGAUCAGAUUCAUUUAUAUAAAAGCACAUACAUCAUUAAUAUAUAAAAAAAAUUCAUUAUAUAUAUAAAAAAAUUUAUCAGUUUAUAUUACACAUUGAAACCGACGACAAAAUUGUAUCUAAGAUAUAAUUAGAUAUACAUUUCAUUUCUGAAUGAUUUCGUUUCAGUAUCUUAAAAUAGACUAGUACAGACUUCAACAUAUAUAUAUUCAAGCUUUUCUAUUUUCUUCCCAUUGUGCUAAUAUUAAGUUAAGACUUUUUAAUUGUGAGUAUUUUUUGUUAUCCUUAAUAACGUGCAAUAUAUUUACAAGGUACUAUAAAUCAAUUGAAAAUUAUUAAAAUAAAAUAAAGGUUGUUUUCUCUCUUUUUUUUUUUUUUUUUUUUUUUUUUUAACAAAAAACAAACUCGUUCUUAAUUCUUUUUAUUUAGUAUUUGUUCAUCAUAUACAGUCUCUGUAGUUCCAAUAUUAACAGUCACACGAAAUUAGAAUAAAUUGAUGAAUGAAUUUGAGAAUACUUCUUACAUAUAUGAAAACAAUUUUUUUUUCAUAGUAUUUGUGAUCAGUCCUCGCAUAUAAUA